AUGCUCAAUUACAUUCACGAAAGAGGAUACGUGCAUUGUGACAUCAAGCCACAGAAUCUUCUCAUUUUCUCUUCUUUAGAAAUCAAGAUUGCUGAUUUUAGGCUGUCGAAGAAGGCCGGAGUGUUGGUGUAUGGUGACAAUCACGUCCGUGGCACACCCCUUUACGUCUUUCCCGAAUAUGUGGGCUGGAGUACGUAUGACCCACCCAUAGAUAUCAGGGCACUAGGGUGUGUGGUCGUCGAUAUGGCGAUUGGAUUCACUAAGAGGUUGCUGGAGAUUCCUGAGUGCUUAUCUGUGGAGGGGAAGGACUUCCUGAGUCGAUGUUUUAUUAAGGAUCCCCAUGAUAGAUGGGCGGCUAAAAUGUUAUUAGAUCAUUCAUUUAUUAUGAAUGAUGUCAUAAGAGAUGAAGUAUUAUCUAUUCAUAAUGCAUUGCCUUCUUCUGGAGUUUUUAUUGAAGAGGAUUUUAUACCACUAUCGGUUUCUUCAUCGGAAUCAUCCUUUGAAAUAUCUAGAGGUGGAUCUAAUGGGUCUAGUAUCCCAAGCUUGUGUUGCCCAUGUCUACAAUGGGUGCCUCAUUUGCUCAUCCAGUAG